AUGCAAGUUGGCUCCAACCUCGCUCGCGGCCUCUGCUCACUCUCUCCGUCGCCCCUCGACAUCUCCCCCUCCGACCACUCUCCAACGCUCUGCCUUCCACUUCGUCUCACCGACGCCUCUUGCAGCUCUCUUCCUCCAUUUCUUGUACCCUUCUUUACCUCCCCUCCUGUCUCAGCUAUUAUAUGCAUUCUCUGCCAUUUUGGCUCUCCAUUUCUCUCUCCUUCUCUCCUCAUACACUCUUAA